AUGUACACAAGCCUGGGCAAUGGUCCUGGGUCUGAUGGCGAGUAUAAUGCCCACUUAACCGAGCGCUUCGGCAAUGCAGUGCCCCAAGGCCGCCGCAGUUCGCAUCUUCCAGAUGACAGCAUCCCGGAGGCGAUUCCGACACGGGCGAACGAAGAUAUACGCAAGUACUUCGAAGUUGUCCGCAAACCCGUUCAAGGUGCUGGGGCUUGGCUUGACAAGCCUGAGAUACCGCAUCCAAACGAGAUCUUGCGCGACAAGCCCAUGUUCGACACAUUUGAGCCGUUGAUGAAGACUAACGAAGAUCCUCGACCAAAGAAGAUUGACGGGCCCUAUGACAACAUAGAAGACUACUUGCGCACCGAGUACGAGCUCCUGCGCGAAGACGCCCUGCGACCGCUGCGUGAGGCUGUUGCUGAGGUCCGCAAGAGGCCGUGGGAAGAUGAAGCCCAGUAUGACAAGAGUGUUGGAAUCUACGAGCCCGUGUAUAUCACAGCCCUAGUGUACAGCCCUCAAGGACUCGCAACGCGUGUAGCAUUUCAUAUGUCACGAGUAAAGAAGUACAUUCGCUGGCGUCAGUCCAAGCGACUCAUCACCGGCACGCUUGUCGCUUUAUCGCCUUUUGAUGAUGCCUUCCAAACCACUUGUAUAUUGGCAACGGUCGCCGCUCGGCCCAUCACUGCGUUGCAGCAGACCCCGCCCGAGAUUGACCUCUUCUUUCCUCAUUACGACCAAAGAAUUGAUCCCACCCAGAAAUGGAUCAUGGUAGAGUGCCGCAACUGCUUCUUCGAGGCCAGUCGCCACACUCUCAUGGCGCUUCAGCACAUGAUGAGAGAGCCAUUCCCGCUUUCAGAACACCUGGUGGACGUGAAGAAGAACGUGGAUCCUCCCGAAUACAUCAAAAACAACCCUUUUGUCGAUCUCAGUACUCUGGUCAGCAUGGAAGAGGCGUCAAACUUUCAGAAUGUCGAUGUGCUGAAGGAGUGGCCUGCGACUAAUUCAACCUCGCUGGAUAGCUCGCAAUCGAGAGCACUGAAGAGCAUGCUGACUCGCAAAGUCGCUGUUGUUCAGGGGCCGCCCGGUACUGGCAAGACAUUCACCUCCGUCAAGGCGGUGCAGAUACUCCGCGACAACAUGAGAAAAGACGAUGCGCCAAUAAUCAUCACUGCGCAAACAAACCACGCCGUCGAUCAGAUCUUGCGACACACUCGCACUUUUGAACCCAACUUCAUCCGACUUGGUGGGAGGAGCAAAGACCCCGAGAUCAAAGAGCGCACCUUGUUCGAGGUUCGGAAGACCGAGAAUGAGCAGAAGCGACCCCACAGUCAAAAGACACAGGCGGCAGCUGCCAUGAGGAAGGCCAAAGUCAUUUGUCAAGCCUUGCUAGCACCUCUGGAGAUGGGCAAGGGGCCGCUGGACCAUCGCAUGUUACAACGAGCGGGCCUGCUUACCAAAGAUCAGGCAGAGUCGUUGGACACGAACAAUCGGUCGAUUCUGGAUACCAAGGACGCUCCCGGAGACGCGAUGCAGGAAUGGCUUGGCAAGGCCCUGACAGAGUAUCGACGCCCGCCUGGCCCCGAUCAAUUCGGUUGGGAGUACGAAGAAGAGGACUUUGAGGUUGAGCAGCUGGAAGAGCUCGAAGCUGAGGCAUCAGUACAAGAUGAAGACGACAUCGAGGCCUUGAAAGGUGAAGUACUGAUGCUGAGUGACAACUACAGGGGCAAAGGGUCCGGAACUCUGACGGAUCAGAAGAUCCGAGAGCUGCUCGAUGCCACUUCAGACCUCUCGACGAUCGAGUGGGAGAGUCGUGGGCUCAUCUACAACUAUCUGUUACGUCAGUUGAAGAAACAUAUGCUCACAGAAAUGCGCAACGUUUCGAAACAGUACCACGAGGUUGUACUGCAGCGUCGCGUCGGCCUUUGGGAAGAGGACAUCAACCUCCUCAACAAGCAGCGUAUCAUCGGUAUGACUACAACCGGUUUGUCAAAGUAUCGUGCCCUCCUCUCUGCCCUUCGACCCCGGAUCGUGCUUGUCGAAGAAGCUGCAGAGACCAUGGAGGCGCCCGUGACCGUGGCCUGCCUGCCGACCCUCGAGCAUCUCAUCCUUGUCGGUGAUCAUCAGCAACUGAGACCCCACACUCAGGUCAAGGAAUUUGAAGAUUCACCAUUCCAUCUGAACUUGUCGCUGUUCGAGCGGCUAGUCUUGAACCAGAUAGAGUACAACCAGCUCACCAAGCAACGCCGUAUGAUUCCUGAGAUUCGACGCCUGCUUCGCACCAUAUACAACGACACCUUAAAGGAUCACCCCAGCGUCAAGGACCCGAAUAACCGACCCCCAGUCCGGGGCAUGGGUGGCGUUAACUCAUACUACUUCACUCAUACCUGGAAAGAAGAGAGAGACGCCAACUCGUCCUGCUUUAAUGCAGAGGAGGCCAAGUUUAUCGCGGGUUUCACCGAUUACCUGGUGCUGAACGGCGAAGCGCCUGAGGGUAUUACAAUCCUAACGUUCUACAAUGGCCAGCGCAAGCGUCUUCUAGGAUCUCUGAGGGAACACCCAAACCUGCGCAUGUUGCCUAUCAAAGUAGUCACAGUCGACUCGUACCAAGGAGAAGAAAACGACAUCAUUCUACUAUCGCUUGCCCGAUCCAACAAUCGACAUUCGAUUGGCUUCCUUUCUAACAUCAACCGUGUCUGUGUCGCGCUGUCGCGUGCAAAGCGCGGGUUUUAUCUGUUCGGAAACGCCGAACUUCUUGCUUGUGAGUCUUGGACAUGGGGUGAAGUUGUCGAAACUAUGCACGACACGAAGGUACCCAAGUCCCGAUCUGAGACGGGUCAGGAGCGUCGCAUCGGCUACUUCAUGCCGGUGCAAUGCAUCAACCAUCAGCGUAAGAUGUGGAUAGAGGUCCCUGAAGAUUGGGAGCUCAUUCAAGGCGGAUGUGACUACAUGUGCAAAGGCAUCUUGUCAUGCAAUCACCCUUGUCCUUAUCAUUGCCACCCAUUCGAACACGAGCUUGUCAAUUGCAUGCUGGUGUGCGCCAGAGAACUGCCUUGCGGUCAUCGCUGCGUGGAACUGUGUUCGAAACCCUGCAAGUGCCAAACUUGCGACCGGCGCGCUGGUGGUCAGCCAUCCAUGCUGAAGUCAGCUCCGAACGGAGGGAUCCGCUCUCGUCCGUCGCGCUCAGCAUCACGCAACCUCCUACUCGAUUCCACCUUCCAGACCCCGGCGAACCCACCUCCGCCCUCCGGGUCGUCUGAUCGAUGGCGCGCUUACGUCAACGGCGGUGCUGAAGUAGAUGAUGCUCGACUGCUGCAGAGGCGGAGGGAAGAAGAGGCCUCGUUUGAAGCGUCCCGUCGCAAUGGCGCGCCCCAGCGUGCUGCCACGCCGGUCGCAUAUGCUGGACCGAACACCCCUGGCAGACUGAUCGAAACCUCGCCGAGGAAGACAUCUGCGUCCAUGUCCGCCAACACAGAGCUGCUAGUGGACCUUGACAUCAACAGUCAGUAUCGGUCUUAUGCGCAGCCACCAUCCAGGUCAUACGCACAUGCUGCCCGUUCGAAGAAGGCAACCUACGGAGGUUCAGAGUUUAAUCUGCUCGAUUGAACAGCUGCCGCUAUCGCAAGAAACUGAUGGUAUCGAAAUAUGAGAGACCGCUUGAUGGACAAGAAACCGCUGAGCAGACAAGAAACCGCUUAGCGAAUAGGAGAUCGCCUAGAAAAAACAACGCAAAUGAAGAAUGAACCUCGGGUAUAUAAUCCACGGACAUCAUCAUCCUCACUCCCCAUCAAAUGCCACCUCAAACAGCUCCCGGCCCAGCUUCGCCACAUCCCCCCCAAGCGCACUCACCGCCUCCUUUAUUUCCCGCAGCGUUCCCUCCCUCAGUCGUCCCCCUCGUGAAUAGAAAUCCACUCCUGCAGGCGUGAACAUUGUCUUCGCAAAAUACGUGACCACCCACCCGUUGCCGCCCU